UAGUUAUUGUUGUCAUUGUGUUGUGAAGUGAAUUUAUUAAAUUGUCUCUAAAAUAAAAAAGAUAAAAUAAAAUAAACACAAUACUAUUGAAAAAUAUUGUAUUGAAUUUUUGUUUUCUUUUCAAAUAUAUUGUAUAAAUAUUAUUCAAAUCAAAUGGCCGUCGUAUUAUUCAUAAUUACCAUACCGACAGAGACGGAGGAGUUGCUGCUGCAGAGUGAAUUUCGCAAAAAGAAAACCGAUAUCGGCGCUACCUAUACACGAGAUGAGAAACUGAUCUCCACACCUAUCACAACAGCAACAACAACUGCAACAUUAUCGAAUUUAUCCAAUGCUACGACUACCACCGCUGCUGCUGUUACCAUUAAUCUUACCGAUCAAUUGUCUUCAAAUGCUAAUGAAAUCGAUGUUGUUAGCCUGGGCGCUAAAAUGGAAAACCCACUGACUCCACAAACUCUGGAUCAACAGCAAUACAGCACUUUUCCGAAGCGACGAAAGUCUGAAGCGAAUAAAUUCUUAUUUGGCGAUGCUGGACAUUUACUUAAGAAUUCCAUCUUCCGGGAUAGUAGCACGGGCAGCGCUUCGGACAGUGCGAAAGACAUUGAUGUGGAUGGUCCGCCAUUUAUACGAAAAUCUUGGGAAGGUUUACGUGAUAUUCUCUCAUCGUCGAGCCGCAAAAGGAAAAGAGACUCAUCCCAACUAAAUAUACCAAGUGACUCUUGCAUGGAGACGGUAUUACGUGAAAUUUUAAGAAGAUCUCAAAUAUUCAAUGCAGUUUGGACGAAAGACACUGAUGGACGUAUGCAUCAGAUAAUAUUUACAGUUGAGUUUAAUGAGAACUACGAGAAUUUACUGGACAAACUUCACGAGUGGGGUAUCGGAGAUCGUGUGGGAUCCACCGUAUCUGUAAUGAAUUGCUUGGUCUCAAAGACAUUUCGACGUGAGGCCGAAUCCGAUUUUGCGCAAGAGAAUGACGAUGUCAACUUCAACGAGCAAAAACAAAGCGUUUGGAAUCGUUUCAUGAACUCGGUACGAAGUCGUUUGAAUGUGGCGCAAAUUGUGCGUGAUGUAAGACAAGAUGCCGCUAUUACUUUCGAUUUCAUCAUAUUGUUAAUAUCUGCCACUAUUUUGGCAGCAAUCGGUUUAGCCGAAAACAGCACGAUUUUUCUUGCAGCCAGUAUGCUUGUAUCACCUUUGAUGGGUCCCAUUAUAGCAGCUAUUUUCGGUACCGCUAUCAAAGAUCCUACGCUGCGUACAUUGGGUUUAAGAAAUGAGUUGAUCGGUAUAUUGAUAGCUACAAUUGUGGGUUUCAUUUUUGGUCUGGUGAUCUGCUCCAUCGAUGAGCGUUAUGGCAAUGGCGAAGGCCUAACGGCUGAGAUGUUGUCACGCAGUGAAUUACAUUCUUUGCUGGUCGGUUUAUUUACAGCAAUACCUUCGGGUGCUGCAGCAGCUGUCGCAAUUUUAGGCGGUAAUAUUGGCUCAUUAGUGGGUGUGGCAAUAUCGGCAUCACUCCUACCACCGGCCAUUAAUGCGGGCGUCCUCUGGGCUUUAGCACUAAUGUACACACUUUUCGAAACGGACGAAUCACGAUUUAACAUUGUUGUAAAGUCACAUUCAUUUUCUAAAAACCAAGCGACUGAGUUGGUAACAUUAGGUGCCAUUAGUAUGCUCGUAACCAUUUCAAAUAUAAUUUGUGUGUAUAUUAUGGGCGUUUUGGUAUUGAAAGUUAAGGAAAUUGCGCCCGUAAUUUCCAGAAAUCAUCGAGAAUUUUGGAAACACGAUAUAAAAAUCGCACGAGGCCUUCCCAAGAAUGGCAUCGACACCAAUGCGCUAAUCGAUGAAUUUGCCAAUCUUCCGCAAGAGGAUCAAAAAACUUUGGGUAUAGAUUAUGAUCUAUUACGAACAAUCCGUUUAGAUGAUGCUUCUUAUCAAAACACUUGGUCACCCAUUGGCAAUAGACAGUUAUUUGAUCGCUCUGCGUUGAACGUUAUUAGGGAGAACUAUUCUACGGUGCAUCAAAUAGAACGUCUAUACUCCACCAUGAAUCAACAGCAAACACUUCAAUAUAGAAGAAACCGUUGCAGUUUGAAUCGUCAUCCAACAGCGCUUGCCAGCGAUUACGGAAAAACCUAUGAAAUAUUAGCAGCUAGUUUACCACGAUGCGCAACUAUGCCCACUCAGACUAAUUGUCCUAGCAUAAAUGUUUUGAAUGCAGUGGGUGAGGCUGACUCUUCUACAGCUAAUCCAUCCACACAAUCUUCGAUGACUAAUACUCCAACAGCAACAUUGGACGAACGUAAACGACGCAAAUUUAUCGUAACACCCGCUGAGGAUCCCAUAAGGAUUUCCAUUAAUUAUGACGAAAUGGAUGCUUAGAGGAUUCGAUAAAAAAAAAUUAUUUAGUUAACAAUUACAGUUUUCAUGCAAUCUCAUGAACCAUAUUUAUACACAUCUACGCAUAUAUAGUAAUUUAAUAAUAUUGUUUA